UAGGCUAAGCUAAGUCAAGAGCCAGGAGCUUCAUCUUGGUCUCCCAUGUGGAUGGCAGGGGCCUAAGCACAGGGAUCAUCUUCUGCUGUUUUCCCAGGCCAUUAGCAGGGAGUCUGAUCAAAAGUGGAGCAGCCGGGACUCAAACUGGCAUCUAUAAAGGGAUGCUGGCAAUGCAGGUAGCUGCUUAACCUGCUGCCCCUGAAAAUUAUUUAAAAACAAAACAAAAAGCAAAAAUACUUAGUCUCAAAGGUGGUCUCAAGGAUAUAUAGGAAAUGAAAUAUUUUCUGAGAAAAAUCCACUGAGAUUCAGUAAAAGUGUAGGAUUUCAGUGAUACGUGAAUCCAGACCUGCCCCCUCCCCCCACUUUCCCAACACAGUAUAAUGGAAACUUAAUUCCACACAGGUACAGUCAAGAAAUUAGGGCUCCCGCUCCUGCCAGCUGCUAGUUGGGGGUCUAACAUCCAUGAUGUGGUUAGACAUUGUCAUUUUCUCUUCUUGCCCAGAUUACAUUUUUCUAGGACUACGUUCUGAGCAAAUUCAGUUGAGAGGUAGGGAUCAUGAGGAAAGGUGACAUUAAUCUUAUGUGUAUGCCUUUUAAAAAGAAUAUAUUAAUGAAUUAAAUUCGUACAAAACAUGAUCAGAAGUCGCAGGUACUUGACCACCGAUUUUCAUUAGUGAUGAGCAGUAGGAUAGUUUUCCCAGCUAUAGGAUAUGACCCCCUGAAGGCAAGAGCCAGGAGCUCAAUCUGGGUCUCCCACGAGGGAGGCAGGUACCCAAAUCAUCACCUACUGCCUUCAGGGUGCAUAUUAGCAGGAAUCUGGAAUCAAGAGCAAAGGCAGGACUCAAACCCAGGCACUCUGAUAGGGGAUGCAGGCGUCCAAACAGCAUCUUAUUCACGAUGCCAAAAACAUCAAGAAUCUUUUUAAAAAUGCAAGAAGUCAGUUUUCCGUAGGAGUAUCAGUUUCGUGCUAAGUAUUUUAAACAUAGUCAUUUAGGAAGCAUCUGUAAUAAGUAAACGUGGGUCUGUAAACAAUAUCAAGAUCGGAACUUAAAAAAAAAAAAAUAAGCUAGUGACAAUUAUCAAAAACUCCACCCAGAGGUCUCAUAGCAUAGUUCUUUCCAACGUGGAUUUUUCAAACCAGGAAUUAAUAAACAGCCGGAAUUCGAUGUGGUUGUCACACGGGCAGAGAUCAGUUCUCCCGUUUCACAUCUGGUCUCCAGACAGCCACAGCUGAGGCUGACCACCCCAGGAAACACACAAAUCACUCUCCCUGUUUCCUAACAAAGGGGCGCCAGGGAUUGUGGGAAAUGUAGUCUCGCCUUCCAUGACAUCACCAGCUCAGGACUGUGGGAAGGCUCCUCUGGGUUCCUUCUGCGCUUGUGCUGCUCCACCCACUCCCACCAUCUUCCUCUGACAAAUUCCGGAUGCUGCGGCGCUGCACACGCUGCUUUGCUGGCACCGAGCUUGGGCUUUGUGUCCUUGACGAUCGGUACGAGGGUGCAAGAGGAGCUCCACAGCCCGCCGGAAGUCUUGGGGAGCGGCCAGAACGGGUGUCUUACUUGGUGGGAAUAGGAAAGUUGGUCUGAUUCUAGAAUCUUCUACGUGGUUCCAAGAGCAAAGAAAAUGAAUACAUCUCCAGAGUGAGCAUUAGGCACAGUGAAGACAUUGCUUGGAAUGCUCACAGCUCAUAUUAGGGUUCCUGGGUUUGAGUCCCAGUUUUGUUUCUGAUUCCAGCCUCCUGCAUAUACAUACCCUGAGAAGCAGCAGGUACUUGGGUCCCUGCUACCCACCUGCAGUAUCUGGAUUGAGUUCUUGGCUUCUGGCUUUGAUCUGAACUAGUCUCAUCUUUUGCUGGCAUUUGGGAAGUGAACCCAAAGAUGGAACAUGUCUCUUUGUCUCUCCGCUUUUCAAGUAUUGGUGUCAUUUGAGGAUGUGGCUGUGGACUUCACAUGGGAGGAGUGGCAGGACUUGGACAAUGCUCAGAAGACCCUGUACAGGGAUGUGAUGCUGGAGACAUACAACAGCCUGCUGUCUUUGGGAUAUUGUGUAACCAAACCUGAUGUGAUCUUCAAGUUGGAACAAGGAGCAGAGCCAUGGACAGUAGAAGAACCCCCACAGCAGAGUCUCCAAGUUGUCCAGAAAAUGGAUGACCUGACUGGGACCAGCCAGGAAAAUCAAGGCAUAACUUUUUGGGAAGUAGUAGUCGUAAACAACAACACAUCAACUGAGGAGCGAGUUGAAUUAAGAAAAACAUGUGAUUUGAAUUCAAACCAUAUUUCCAAAUUGGUUGUAAAAAAUGAAGAUUAUUCAGAAGUGAGACCUGAGGCAUUUAAUGUAUAUCAGAAUGAGAUUCUCCCUAGUGAGCCAAAUGAGAUGUAUGCUCAAGAGAAACCUGGUGACCAUAAUAUAACUGGGAAAUCCCUGACGUGCUUUGAUCAUCUUAGUCAGCAGCACAAGAUUCAAACUUUACAGCCGCCUUUUGAAUAUAGUGAACAGGUAAAUGUAUUCAAUAGGGAGGCAAUAUUCCUUACACCUAAGGAGGCUCACAUGAGAGAGAUGCCCUAUAAAUAUAAUGAAUAUGGAAUAGCCUGUGAUAUGUCAGGUUUCAUUGUUGGAGAGGCAACUCAAAUUGGAAAAGAAACUUUCUAUAAAGUAGCAGCUUUCCCUAUACAUCAGCAAACAUACACAGGAGAGAGAUUUUAUGGAUAUAUUGGUUAUGAUGAAACUUUCAUUAGCAAAUCUGGUCUUAACAUAAAUCAAAUGACGUAUCCAGAGAAAAAACCCUUUGCAUGUAACCAGUGCGAGAAAUCUUUCAACUGUAAACAAAGCCUUACUAUACAUCAAAGAAUUCACACAGGGGAAAAGCCGUAUGGAUGUUAUGAAUGUGGAAAAACCUUUUACCGGAAGUCAAAUCUCAGGACACAUCAAAUAAUUCAUACAGGUGAGAAACCAUAUGUCUGUAAUGAAUGUGGGAAAACCUUUUACCGGAGGCCAGAUCUCAUUAUACAUCAGAGAACUCACACAGGGGAAAAACCCUAUGAAUGUCAUGAAUGUGGGAAAACCUUUUGUCAGACGUCCAACCUCAGGACGCAUCAAAGAAUUCAUACAGGUGAGAAACCAUAUGAAUGUAAAGAAUGUAGUAAAACUUUCUCCUGUAAGUCGUACCUCACUCAACAUCUGAGAACUCACACGGAUGAGAAAGCAUAUGAAUGUAAAAAGUGUAGGAAGUCAUUCUACCACAAAUCUCAACUCACUAGGCAUCAGCAAACUCACACAGGGGAAAAACCCUAUGAAUGUAAUGAGUGUGGGAAAACGUUUUGUAGGAAGUCAAGCCUCAGCAUGCAUCAGCAAACUCACACAGGAGAAAAACCUUAUGUAUGUAACGAAUGUGGGAAAACCUUCUAUCAGAAGUCAGUCCUUGCUGUACAUCAAAGAAUUCACACAGGGGAAAAGCCCUAUGAGUGUAAUGAAUGUGGGAAAACUUUUUACCGGAAGAAAGUCCUUGACAUACAUCUGAGAACUCACACGGGGGAAAAACCUUAUGAAUGUAGUGAAUGUGGAAAAACCUUUUACCGGAAAUCAGAUCUCAUUAUACAUCAGAGGACUCACACAGGGGAAAAACCUUACGAAUGUAACGGAUGUGGGAAAACCUUUUACCGAAAAUCACACCUCAGCAGACAUCAGAUAACUCACACAGGUGAAAAACCCUAUGAAUGUAAUGAAUGUGGAAAAACUUUUUGCCGGAAGUCUGACCUGACUAUACAUCAGCGAACUCACACAGGGGAAAAACCCUAUGAGUGUAGUGGAUGUGGAAAGACCUUUUACCGGAAGUCACACCUCACAGUACAUCAGAGAACCCACACAGGUGAAAAACCCUAUGAAUGUAAUGAAUGUGGAAAAACCUUUUGCCAGAAGUCACUCCUCACUAUACAUCAGAGAAUUCACACGGGGCAAAAACCUUAUGAAUGUACUGGCUGUGGAAAAACGUUCUGUCGAAAAUCCCACCUCACUGUACAUCAGAGAACUCAUACAGGAGAAAAACCUUAUGAAUGUAAUGAAUGUGGGAAAACUUUUUACAGGAAGUCAGACCUCAUUAUACAUCAGAGGACUCAUACAGGGGAAAAACCUUAUGAAUGUAAUGAAUGUGGGAAAACCUAUUACCGGAGGUCACACCUUAGGACACAUCAAAGAACUCACACAGGUGAAAAAGCAUACGAAUGUAAAGAAUGUGGGAAAACUUACUAUUCUAAGUCAGCUCUCAAUGUACAUCACAAAAUUCACACUCGGGAAAAUCCAUAUAAAUGGAAUGAAUGUGGACAAACCUACCAGAUGUCAGUUCUCGAUUUACAUCAAAGUAGUCACACAGAAAAUACAGGAGAGACCUUGGAAAUGUAAUGAAUGCUUAAAACAAAAUCAUUAUGCAGGAAGGGUAACCUGAUGAUGCAUCAGAAUCCACACAGGUGAAACAUCUUAAUUUGGAUGAACUUUUUACUGGAAGUCACAUAUCAUUGUACAUUGUAUUUACACAAGUAUAUUCACAUAAGGACAAAACCUUAUGAAUAUACUGAAUAUAGGAAGGCCUUUUAUUAGAAGAUACAUCUCAGCAGAUAUCUGAGAUUUCCAAUGGGAAAACCCAUUGAAUGUGGAAAAACAUUUUGCCCGAAGUCACACCUCAGGACACAAGAGAGAACUCACACAGGUGAGAAAAUAUGAAUGUAAAGAAUGUGGAGAUGCCUUUUGCCAAAAGUCACAUUUCAGCAGGCAUUAGAGCACUCACAGUAGAAAAAUAUCUUAUGAAUAUAAUGAAUGUAAAACAACCUUUUAACAUAAGUCAAGCCUUGAGAAGCAUCACUGAAAUCACAGAGGGAGCCACGCUAAGAAUGUAAUGAAUGUGGAAAAAUCUUUUUCCAGAAGUCAUACACCCUACAGAUUUUAGGGAGCCCACACAAGGAAUAUCUUCCAUCCCCAAUAGCUAAUACUGGAUAUGUGUUCCUCAAAGUCUGUUCUCUUGAACAUAUGGCUUGCAGUUUCAGCCUCCCCUUAUUAUGGGUGGAACCUGAGCUCUUUUUUCACAAAUUAAUUUUGAGAACAAAUAUUCAAGCCCAAACACCCACUUAUUUGAGUUUAUUUACUAAAUUUAUUUACUCAGUUAUUUGGAACGGCUGUUGCUUUGUUUGCCUCUCAUUCCAUCCACCCAUUAUUCUAGUACAAACCGGAUGUGUGACCACAAGUUUAUCACCUGACUCAUGUGCCAUCCAUAAUGUGGUGCAUCCUACCCUAUAUGAUGAGUCUUUUGUCUGGGGUAGCAAUUCUCUGGUGGUAUAUAUAAUCACAGACCUGUUUUGUAUGGACCUGGAUCUGCUUGUACUAGUAGCAGUCUGUGUUUAUAAGGUAUAGGAUAAAAUGAUGCCAUGAACAGAAUGUUGUGUCCUAAAGUCCCAGCAGUCUUCCAGUGAUUAAUAUUGGAUCAGUGUGUUUUUUUUUUCUUUUUCUUUUGUUUUCCUUAUACUCUGCUGAGGUGGAUUGCUUCUGUUUUUAAUUGAGUCCUGAAGUGACUGCAUUUAUGUGACCUAUCAUGAUACCUCUUUGAUCUUUCUCACUGAUCUGUUUGAACCCCUUACACAAAAACACAGUACUGAACAUUGUGGCAUCUUUAAUAUCCUUUUAAUAUUUUAAAAUUUUAUCUACCUUCAUUUUGAUCCAUACUUUUAUUUAAAAUAUCUGUGAAUUCCCAUCACAUAUUCACAAAGCCCUUAUUGAAUUCUGAUUGGAUUUACAUUCAGCUUAGAUCUCUGUGGAUAUCCACUUGAGAUGAAACAUUUCACCUGGGUAUCAGCGAUUCCUUGAUGACCAGGCUUCAAACACAGUGAUGUCCUGUGAAGAUUUAUCCAUCUUGAGGAUAGUCCUGUGAGUCAGCCCUGUCACAUCUCCCUGCUACCCACUGGAAAUAGUCUCAUUGGUCCUUGUCAUCUCCCAAGUGAUAAGCAUGAGAAUUCAGACCUUACAUAUUGAGAUAAAAAUAGAUUUAAAGGGAAACAUGGUUAUAUGUAUUUUAUGAAAACACUAAAAGCCAAAAUACUUAUUUCUGACACAGUUGAUUUUGAGGCCAAAAACAUUUUUGUAAACAGAACAAAAUUUAUACUAAUAUGGGAUUUAAUCUGUCAAGUUUCUUUAGCAAUUCUAAAUGUGCCCACGAAUCAACUUUAGCAUAUGUAAUGUGUGCAUAGCAAAUUUCAAAGGAGUGGACAAAUCUAUGAUCAAAUUGCAAGAUAGUCACCUUUUCUCCUUUGUACAAAGAUGGGGAGUGAGAUGUAGAAAAUGGAGAUGGGAAAAGUAAUAAGUGGAAACAGAAAUGCUCCUGUUAUUAGUUUCAUAGCAUUGGAUGCAAAAUGCCUUGAAUAUUGGCUUUCAUUGAUGUUUUCCACCAUCCCAGGAAAAUAUUUAUGGACAACACAGUAAACAUCCCACAGUGCAGGAGAAAUUAAAUUAGGAGCUAGCUGUAAGAAUAUACGGCAACCCAUCAGAGCCAAGACUCUGCAAGUCCCAGAAGAGCUGCCAGGCCCAUCCAGCCUGCCCAUCUAUUGAUGUUGCUGCUUCAGAGCCUUUUUCCAGUAGAGGAGCCUCCUGGAGUCCAUGGUAACCACUUGUCUCAGUCUCCUACAGUCAUCAGGAGACCCAGUCCUGAAAAGGGGACAGAAAUGGGAGGACGUGUGCAUUUUGGUAUGGAUGGAAACAGGGUCACAAUAAAGGCACCACUACACAGACUUCUUCCUGGGCCACAGCUUUUGAGGUCUGUGUGUCCAAGAAACAAAGUCAGGAGGAUAGGUUGGGGGCAGGAGUUGAAAACCCACUGUACAAGGAGCGUGGAUUGUGGGGAUGGCAAAUAUUGCCUAGUCCUCGAUCAUCCUGUACAUAUUCCAAUCUUGGUCUGUGUUCUGAGGAGCUGUUCCAGUCAUGUGCACAGCCCAGCUAGUCAAGGACCACCAAUAUGGGUGAGUAGGGAUUCCCUUGUUUUCUACUUGCUGUGAUUUGUGCAGAUGCAUAAGGUGCUGGACAUCCUGGAUUCCUUGCAUCCCUUCCCAUUUGCCCAGCAAACUUGCAGCUUCCAUUUGGAACUCUGAGAUUGCCCCCUGUUUCUCUAAGCAAGGGAUGAAAAUGAUAUCUCUCAUACUGAAGUUAUACAGCGUGUGGUAGCACAGUUCAUGGCCCUGUGACCAGGUCUGAGUAAUAUGUUAGCACGUGGUGACUAACAAUUUGUCCACUUUAAAAUGGGGCUAGUCUAGACCCUUUACGGUCUUGACCUGGGUGAAGACCUGACAGGAAGCAGCUUGGACGAGCAAGUGGAAUGUGUGAUCAAGGCUGACAUGAUCCUUUCCUGGUCUUGGUGUAUAGCUGGCCAGCACUACAGGUACAAUGUCACUACACAGAGAUACAGGAGAAUUCAGGGAGGGGUCAGGAGUAACUAGGGAAGGAUGGGGUCUAGUACAGACCCCAAGGAGUGUGAGUGGAUGCAAAGGUUGUGUGUUGGUGGGCAGAGAUGUUGCUUUCCACCUGCCACCAAUCCCAUCCCUGGUUCUCAUCCUGGUGGGAACAUAGCAUGAUACCAUCCUUUCUAUAUUUUUUUUCCAUCAUAGUCUAUUUCCCUCUUGCAGUUUGUUUUGGGCUUAGUUUUCCCUUUUUCUGGUUCUUAAAGUGGAAGGUUUAACUUACUGAUUUCAAGUAUUAAAAAAACACAUUUGGAGCUACAAUUUCCUUCAUCCUGUUAGCUUUUGUGUGUUGUAUUUUCAUUUUUAUUCAUCUUAUAAUAUUUCCUAGUUUCUCUUUUAUCUCUUUCUAUGACCCAAUGGCUAUUUGGGAAUGUUUCUUGUUUCCACACAUUUGUACACUUCUCAGAUGACUUUCUGUUACUGGCUUUCAGUGUAAAUCCAUUGUGUGCAGCUAACAUAAUUUGAUUUCAAUCCUUUAAAUUUUAUUUAGACUGCUUUGGGAGUUAGGAAAUGGUUUUUAAUGGACAAUUCCAUGUGCAGUUGAACAGAAUAUGUAUUUUGUUGUUUGGUGGUGUGUCCCCUAUUAUAAAAUAGGGCUAAAUAGACAGAUAUAGACAUAUCUAUAGUUCUGUGAUGCUCAAAAAUUGAAUAUCCUUAGCCUUUUAUUGUUUCAGCUAUUAUUCAGAGUGGGAUAUUGAUGUCACCAAAUAUUGCUGUUGAAUAGUCUAUUUCUUCCUUAAAUUUUUCCUUUACUUUCCAUUUAAUUUUGAUCUCUUUUGCAUAUAUCUAUAACUGAUAUGUUGUCCAGAUUGACCCUUUAUUACUAUUAAAUGUCAUUUAAUUCUGUCUAUUGUAAUGGUCAGUUAAUGUAAAAAGCUCUCUUACAAGUCUUUAGCUUAGGAUAUAUUUUUUUAUCCUUUAACUUUCAAUGUUUCUGUCUAAAUUUAAAGUUUUGUGCUAUAUUCAAUCUGUUUUCAAUCACAUCCGGCAUUCUUUUUCUUUUUAGUAAUUUUGAUUUAAAUUGACUGAUAGUUGUAUAUGUUUACAGGGGCACAGUGUGGUAUUUUGAUGAAUGGUAUACAUUGCAAAAUGAUCAACUCAGUCUACGUAACAUAUCCAUUACCUCACAGAUGUAUUUUUUCAUGAUGAGAACAUUGAAAAUCCAUCCUUCUCAACUUUGAAAUGCACAAUACAUUACUAUAGUCUCUAUGCAGUGCAGCUCAAAAACUUACUCUUUGAAACUUUGCUCUCUUUGACCAGUGUGUCCCAUUUCCCCCUAAACUCCCAUUGAUAAUUGCCAUUAUUCUUUCUAAUUUUGUGAAUUUAAUAUUUUCAGACUCCAUAUAUAAGAGAUCCUGUGGCAGUUGUCUUCUUAUGUCUGGCUCAUGUCGCUUAAUAUUCAUUCAUGUUUGUCACAAAUGACAGAAUUUACUUUCCUUAAGGCUGAGUAUAAUUAAGUGUUCCCUCCCUUUUUGUAGUCAAUUUAUCCAUUUAUUGAUGUGUUGGUAGUUUUAUGUCAUAUCUAUUGUGAAUAAUACUAUAAUGAAAAUAGAAGUACAGUUCCUCUGGAUGUAUACCUAGAUGUGGCAUUGCUGUAUGCGAUUUAGUUCUAUUUUUAGUUUUAUGAGGAACUUUCAUGCUAUUUUUAUGUCCAAGAAAUCAUUGCCUAGACCAAGGUCAUAUUUUUCCCCAAUGUUUUCUUUGUAAUGUCUGUCUUGAUUUGGUAUUAGUGUAAUGGUAGCCUUAUAAAAUUAUUUAGUAUCCUUUCAAUUUUUUACAAAGGUUUGUAGAUUGGUUGUUUAAAAAUUUGGUAGAAUUCAGCCAUGAACCCAUCUGGCCUUGGGCUUUCCCUUGAUGGGAAAUUUUCUGUUACUGAUGCACUGUCUCUACUUGUUGUUGGUCUAAUAUUUAUAAUUUUAUAAUUCAAUCUUGGUGGGUUAUAUUUUUCUAGAAUUUUACCCAUUUCUUUUAGGUAACAUAUUUCAUUUGUGCAUUUUUUUCAUAAUAUUCUCUUAUAACCCUUUGAACUUCUGUGUUAUUCCUUGUAAUGUUUCCUCUUUUAUUUCUGAAUUUGUGUCUUCCCUCUUUUUGUUAGUCUAGCUAAGGGUUUGUCAAUUUUGUUUAAAUUUAAGAUAAAAAUCUGGAGUUUCAUUUGUAUUUCUUAUUACUUUUGAGUCUCACUUUCGUUAUAUCUAAUUUGAUCUGUGUCACUACCUUCCUUCUGCUAACUUUAGGUUUAGAAAGUUCUUUUUCUGUUUUGUUGAGAUGGACAAUGUUAAGUUAGCUUAUUAUAUAUUUAUAUAUUUUUAUUUAUAUAUGAUAGUAGAAACUUCCCUCUUAGAACUGCUUUUAUCAUGUUCCAUUGUACAUUGUAUUUACAUUUUUGUUUGCACCCAUUAGAAUAUACUAUAUAGUUGCUUUUAAGUGUUUUUCCUUUUAAUCUGUAUACUGGAUAUAUAAUUGAUUUAUCCAUCAUAAUUACAUAUAGGUGAUUUGGGUUUGACAUUGUAGUUUUACUGAUGAACUCUAUACUUUCAUAUGGUUUCAUUUUACUAAUUACCAUUAUUUUCCUUCUGCAACUUUAAGAGCAUCUUUUAGCAUUUUUGUUAGGCUGGUCAAGUAGUGGUAAAUACCUUCAUCUUUUGUUUAUAUGAGAAUGGCUUUCUGUAUCCUCCAUUUUUCAGAUACAGAAUUAGUGGAUAGUGUGUUCUACGUUCAGUGUUUUUAAUCUUGUUUUCAGAAUUUUAAAUUAUUAUACCACUUUCUUCUAACCUGCAAAAUUUCUGAUGAAAAGAUAUGCUAAAAUGUUUUAUGGUUAAUAAAAAGAUACUUUUGCAUUGCUGAUUUAAAAAAAAAUUCCUCUGUCUCUAAGUUAAGACAGUUUGAUUAUGAUUUGCCUCAGUGUGGAAGACUUUUUCUGGAGUCAUCUUAUUUGAUGUCCUUUGGGCUCUUCUACUGUGAAUUUCUGCCUGCUUCCAUAGACUUGAGGAAUUUUAUGUCACUAUAGAAAUAUAUUUUCUAUUGUUACUCCUUCCCUUUCUCCUUCUAGUAUACUAAUAGUAUAUAUGUUUUAGUUGAUGCUGUGCCAUUCAUCUUUUAAGCUUUCGUCACUCAUUUUCUUUCCUACUUUUUUUGCUUCCCAUAAAUGAUCUCCAGUGACCAGUCUUCCAAGUUCAUUGAUCCUGUGUUUUGUUUAAGUUUUCUGCCAAACACUUCAUUUUAAUUUUACAGUUCAGUUAAAAUACUCUUCAGCUGUAUCAUUUUAUGUUUCGUACCUUUUUAAUACUUCCUUGGUUAAAUUUUUCAUUUGGUUCUUGCAUUGCUCACCUGAUCUCUGUGGACGUCUUUAUGACCAUUAUUUUGAAUUCCUAUUUGGGUAAAUCAAAUUUCCACUUCAUUAGAGUUGGCUCUAGGUUUAUCCUGUUCUUUUAUUGGCCAUUUAGUUCCUCUUUUUCUUGACUUUUUGUAUCGGUUUGUACACAUUAGGAGAGACAGUUAUCUUUCCCCAGCUUAUCAAACUGUACUCUUUUUUUUGACAGGCAGAGUAGACAGUGAGAGAAAGAGAGAGAGAGAGAAAGGUCUUCCUUUGCCGUUGGUUCACCCUCCAAUGGCCGCCACGGCCAGCGCGCUGCAGCCGGCGCACCGCGCUGAUCCGAAAGCAGGAGCCAGGUGCUUCUCCUGGUCUCCCAUGCGGGUGCAGGGCCCAAGGACUUGGGCCAUCUUCCACUGCUCUCCUGGGCCACAGCAGAGAGCUGGCCUGGAAGAGGGGCAACCGGGACAGAAUCCGGUGCCCCGACCAGGACUAGAAUCUGGUGUGCUCGCGCCGCAAGGCGGAGGAUUAGCCUAGUGAGCCGCGGCGCCGGCCCAGACUGUACUUUUUAAAGAGAGCAAUCUCACCUAUUUAUUCAUUCAGAGAUUCUAAAAGUAUCACUCAAAUUUGUAUUUGUCCAGUCUGCUGUUUCUAAUUUUGUGGCCCCCAGGUGAUUGGAGUGUACUACAAUCUGUCAAUACUCCACAACCAUAAGUUAAAAGAGACUGUAGAUGUGACUAGCAAGCUUGGAGUGUUAGAUAUAUAUUCUAGUUCCUCCUGUCUUCUCAGUGAAGCUGAAAGUGGGCAUUUAUCUCCCACUCUGCACUAAUCUGGUGAAGGAUCUGUACUGUCUAUGCAUGCAGUUGCUGUCACAUUGCACCCAUUGUUCCUGAGGGUAUAGGAACUGAAAGUGAGCGCAUUGUGUGUUUAUCUCUGUUUUCUGUGGUGCAGGGAGACAGGAAUUCAGAGUCCCUUCUCUUCCAAAGAUGGUGGUUACAGAGGCACGUCCUUGGAAGGAGCUAUGAAAGUCACAGCAUUUGAUGCAUAGUUAAGCUCCUUCCAGGAAGGAAGUUCCAGGUGCCUGUUAGGGCUACUCAAGAAUCAGCUAGUAGGCACUGAAAGUAUGCUGUGAAUCCCUUCUGUGGAGAAACAGGAAAUUGUGCUUUUUAGCCUUUUCUCUGCACUGCUCUUUGGGAUUGAAGCUCCUGGAAGUGCUUGCACAUCCAUUUUAAAUUACCUUUUUCUGUGAUCUGGGAAGACUAAUCUCUGAUCCCAGAGCUUAGGCGAUAUAGGAUGGCAUCCCUUGAAUGGAAAGUAUACAUCUUAAGGCAUUUGAUACAUAGACAAACUACUUCCAGGGAGAAUUGUUGACCUAGAGUUAUCACUGGGAAAUCCACGAAAGAGGUCUUGGAAGGGGCUGAGCUCCUACUUGGGAUACCAGAGACAAAUGUUUGACCCAUUCACUUCCUGAUGCAGGCUGUUGAUCAGUUCAACUGACAGAGUUGCCGGUUGUCACAGUAAGCUAGCAGAUACCUACUGGGGAGGAAGUGGCACCUUUGAGUUUUACCCCUUCCGUUCACUGGCCCUGGGAAAUGAAGAUCCUGUAAAUACUCUCAGGAUAAUAUACAGCUGCCACUUUGUUCUUUGGUCAAGGGAGACUGAUGCAUGCCUAAUCUUAUCGGUCACCAGAACUACAUGAAUUAAGAGUCAUGACAUGAGGAACUUUAGAAUUGGGAUACUAUAUGCAUGACUCAAACCCUCCUGUGUUCAGGGUGAUGCUCAGUGUUGGGUUUUCCUUGCUAAUUACAUGGCACAGUGCCUGGAGAAGUAUCCAUACCCAUGUAUGACAGCUUUUCCUACCCAUUUCAUGGGGUUAUUUCAUGAAUUGCCUUGUUUGUACUCAACAUAUGAAUAACAGAGACAAUUGAAACAUGAAGAGAUGCAUAUUUGGUGCAUUCAUGGGUGGUGAGUCAGGAGCAUCCUGUUUGACUAUGUUGCUGAUGUCACUCCCCCCUUAAAAUCUGCCUUUGAUUGGUAAUUUAAUCUUUCCACAUUUAGUGUUAUUCCUGUGUAGUUGGAUUUAUUCUCUAUUGCUCUUCAAUGCAACUUAUAACAUACAAGCAAUUUCUAUAUUAUAUGGAUACAUUUCUGGAUUUUGUUCAUAUUCUGAUUUCUCUAUCUUCAUCUAGUAUUGGAAUAUUAUAUCAUGUAUGUUAAUGUCACAUAAUGGUAGUUACUCCCAUUGCUGUGAUAAUUGGUAACUUUCUUGGCUAAUUUCAAAUAUAGGAGGGUUCUUCCAAAAGUUCAUAGAAAUACAUACAAUAAAAAUCUAUGCAUAGAUUCAAAACUGGCACCAAAAUAAUUUAAUUCAUUUUCUCCAUGAAUUUUUUGAAGUACCCUUGUGUAUUUGUAUAUAACCUUCCAGAUAAAUUUUAUAAUUUUGGGGUGCCUUUUUCCAUUAAUAUUUCAAUGUGAUAGUAUAUUUAUAGAUUAUUUUGGGGGAAAUGUGGUCAUCUUUGUAAUGAUGGGUUUUCUCAUUUACACACAAAGUAUGUAUAUUCAAGUCUUCUCAUGUACUGCAAGCCUUUAUUAUAUUAUAGAGUGUACAUAUUUCUUUUUAAAAAUGCACAUAUAUGAAAUAGGACAUGCAUAUAACAUAAAACUUAUGUAAUGUUUAUAUUAUUUGUUAAAUGGAACAUUUAAAACCUUGAACAUGGCUGACCCCUACCACUUUCCACACACCUUCCCAUUUAUCUCUUCCUGAAUGUACCUCCUCUUGCCCUACUCUGCCUGGGAUUCAAGUGUUUGGACUAAUGCUACUGUGAGUAUCCUUCUAUGAAACACACAUGUGGACGUUUCUCUAAAUCUUAUGCCUAUGGUGAUGUCUCAUGUACCUUCCACAGGAGGUUUUCUCAAAUGUAUAAAACAACCUAAACCCCAGCAUCAGUUCAUGAGUAUUCAACUGUUCCACUAAUUCAUUGGAAAAAUUUAUUAAUUUUGUUUAUCUGAGGUGUUUUGCAUUUUCCCUCAUUUAUAAAGAUAUAGAGCAUGUUUCAUAUGAUUGUCAAACACUUAGAAAUCUUCUGUGUGCAGUAAUUUUUUCAAGGUCUUGUCUACCUUUCUAUUCAGAUCUCUGCCUUAUUAAAAUAGCAUUUGGUCAUAUGUGAGAAAUUGUUUUCUCCCACUCUUUAAUAGUGUUAUUUAAUUAAUAGAAUUUUCAUUUUAAUGUAUUCUAAUUUUUGACAAAUUUGGUUUCUGUAAAUUUUAAAGAAAUAAUCCCCCUUCUUAUAACUUCUAAAUGCAUUUUAAUUUUAUUUUUAUCUAGGUAUUAUCUCUGAAAAUUAUUAAUUUUUGCUUCUUCAUAGUUUAUUGGUUGGUGGAUGAACAGAUUCUUUAACACUUGAUACAAAUAUCUCAUAUACCACUGCUACUACAAAACAUAAGUCUUGCCAAUUUUCUUUGACCCUGGACCCUUAAAUUUGACAUUCAGAUUCUAGAUGUUUCCUCAACAAAGGCAAGUAAAAACUAUUUUAAAAUUCUAGCAUUUAAAAAGAUCUUCCUGGGGCAAGUGUUUGGAAUAGUCACUAAGAUACCACUUGGGAUUCUUGCUUCUCAUAUUGUAGUGCCUGGGUUCAAGUCCCAGCUUCUGGCUAAUACACACCCCGGAGGGCAACAGUGGUGACUUGAGUACUUGGGUCUCUGCGGUGCACAUGGGAGACUUGGAUUGAACUGCAGGCUUUUGGCUUUGGCCUGGCUCAGAAUAUCGAAAGAUCUUUUUAUUUAUGUCUCUCCUUGCUUUCUGUCUCUCUGCCUUUGAAAUAAAAUGAAAAUAAUUUAAAUUUUUAAAAUCAAAAUAUCUUCCCUUCCAAAGUGUAUGCAUAAAACAGUAAAAUCUCAGAUUAUUGCUGUUGAUGCUGAGUUAGAGACAGUUAGGUUUAUAAUUCCAAACUCUAUCCUUAACUCUUUCUGUACAAACUUAGAGAAAUGACUUCCUCUUCCUGCUUCAGGUGGCUAUCUCAAGUAUGAAUGAACAUAUUCCUAGGACCCAGCUAUUCCCAGACUACUAAAACAGUGUUGCUAGCCUCAUCAUUGGGUUUGUCCAGAGGACAUUUUAUGAAAGAAGUGUAAUUAUUUUAGUUUUUGCUAAUCUUCAGCCUGUAGGGCCUGAAAAAAGUUUUGUUAAAAAAAAUAAACAAGGCCAGCGCCACGGCUCAAUAGGCUAAUCCUCCACAUGUGGUGCCAGCACACCGGGUUCUAGUCCCGGUUGGGGUGCCAGAUUCCGUCCCGGUUGCCCCUCUUCCAGGCCAGCUCUCUGCUAUGGCCCGGGAGUGCAGUAGAGGAUGGCCCAAGUGCUUGGGCCCUGCACCCGCAUGGGAGACCAGGAGAAGCACCUGGCUCCUGGCUUCGGAUUAGCGCGGUGCGCCAGCCGCAGCACGCUGGCCGCAGCGGCCAUUGGAGGGUGAACCAACGGCAAAGGAAGACCUUUCUCUCUGUCUGUCUCUCUCACUGUCCACUCUGCCUGUCAAAAAAAAUAAAAAUUAAAAAAAAAAAAAAGGAGGAAGGGACUCUUCUAUGGGAUUUAAGAAGAAAAAGAAAUACCUCUUUUUUUUUUUAAUAAAUGCUUUCAUGAAAAGGAUUUCUAAGCUCUCAGAGCACUGAAUUUAUGUGAUGCAAGUUUGCUGAAGUAUUAUUUUCACAGAAAACACUUAGUACUUGCCCCCAGCAGCCAGAAGAAUGGGACGUGUUUACACAUGUCGCUUAAAAUGCUCUCAUUAGAAGCAGAAAGAAGUCAUUCUUUACUCCCUCAAAAGUCAAAUCUGUCUUCCUAUACAUUGCACCCUGGAGGACUAAGCUAUAGUAGAAACAGUAUUAAGCUUGCAUUGGCUGGCCAUAAACAAUCCUAGCACCCUCAGCCCCUGAAGCCAAGAAGAGAAGGCCACACUGAAGAUGUUGACCUUGGAGGAGAAGCAAUACUGAGCAGGUGGGUAUUUUGGAAGCUCCAGAUUCUCAUGUAGCAGUCCUGUGCAGUGCCACCAGGAUUCAUUAUUCCUCAUUCACAUGCAUGGACAGACAGGAGCACUCAUCCAUGUGACCUUUGUACUGCCUUUUAUACUUACUAGCCCCCAGGUCCCACUGCUUGAUCACCAGAUCCAAGUCUGAUGCCAUCAAGUAUGGCCUUGGGGGGUUUGUAUAGAGAUCACUUUGUCAUAGAAGAAUGGCCUUCCAGCUCUUGCCCUGAUUUUCAGAAUACAGAGAAUGACAAAUCUCUCCCCCAUGAUGACAGCCAUUACCAGCAAAGAAGCCAUGAGAGCAAACUGCUGAGUCAGUAUCCCAUAUGACUGCCAGUGUCCUGUUAACCAUAUUGGCUAACAGGACCUGCCAAUACAACCAUAUACUGAACAAGUUUCUUGCCAGGACAAGGCACCAUGGAUCCAGAAACUGAAGAGUACAGCAUGUCUGUCUCCUCCUACUGACUGACUACUGAUAAACAGUGAUACUGGGAGCAGAAAGGGCAUAGCCUGGAGUCCUAUGAGACAUGGUAAAAUAUGGCAAUCCAAGUGAUUGAGGAAGACCCAGCACAUGGGAUUUUCCAGGUGGGUAAAAUGUUUUUUGUGCAUUUGCACCUUGAGUGUGAGAGUCUUCAGACUGCAGCUUGAUUUCACCAUACCUGGAGCCUCCAACAUUGACAUUGCUGAGCACAGGCAGGUGGUCAUGAGGGAUGAAGUCAGCCCAUAGAUGCCACAGCCACUGGAAGCAAAGGUGCCUUGAAACUGCGGGAUGGGAACAUAUAGUGGGCCAGGAAGGGUGGAAUAAGCAGUGUAUGAGUCACUGAGGGUCUUUCAUUGUCCAUUUUCCUGAUGAGCAAGUCGUGUCUCCAAAGCAAUAAGCUUUGUGAGUAUGGGCACAGAAGUCACCAGUCAUAUGGAUGAAGGGGCCUCAGAUUCCCCAGAGCUUCUACAGGGUAGAAGCCUCCAGCCUAUUGCUGGCCUGAGGGGGUGUCGUGUUGGGUCCUCCUAGUAACUGAGCUCACCAUCUCUGAGCAUCCCCACCUCAGAUCUUUCCACAACUUAUGUCCCAGAACGUUCAACUAGCCCAUGUGAUUCCUCCCCCAGAGUCCUACAGUAGUCACCUCCUACUCCCCCAUUCAAAGGUCUGGCAAGCACCCAAUCUCCCAAACCUGUUUCCUCUUGUGGGAGUCAGGCUCAUAACCCCAUUCCCAGCAGGGAACUUGGGUAACUAUCUCCUUGUUAAUAAAAUGCAGCAGCACACCUUCCUAGCUCCUGGGAUGGAGUCCCCCGUGCAUGAUAAGCCAUCCUUCGCUGCUAGGCCUGUGUACACUUACCUUUGCCUGGAAUGCCCACCUGUCUCCCUCCACCUCAGGAAGUCUUGCUCACAUAGCAGAGUUCAGCCCUCAGCUCCUUGACUAAGCCUCCCUUCCAUCCCAUCCUGGACAAAGAUCACCUCUCAGACUUUGAGCACUGGAGCUUCUUGCUAUGACAGUAAAGUAUACUCUUUGCCCUGCAGUGCACAUGCCAUGGGACCACCCCAUCAUGAGCAACUCCUGAGUACAAUGGGAAAUCAGUCUUUCUUAGUCCUCACAACAAGCACCCUCACAUGUCCAUGCCUCCUCUAGUAGUGCAAUCUGCUGGUGUGCAGAUGACUGGGGGGACAAGGCAGUGUAGGGUGGACACAGGGAAGACAAGCCUGACUAAUAGCUGCUAGGUUAGUACAUGACUGGGGAGGGGACAUGGAGAGCUGGGUGCAAGGCAGUUCCUGGUGGAUCACUCAGCUGAUGUCACUGAGGGGCAGUGGUCACUAUGAAGCAGUCAACUUUGGACUCAUUUCCUAUACCACAGAAAAAAAUAUAUAUCUUUUUGGUGAAUCCAUCCAGUGCCAUCCAAGUAAACAUGCACAGGAUUAGAAGGCAGAAGGCUCUGCAUGUAGUUGCCUGUCCUCUCCAGGCAAUCUGCCUGUAACAGGGCAUCUGUCCAUGUGUGCCAAGGAUCUUGGCUGUCUGCUUUUCCUGCUGACCUUAUACCUCACUGGCCACCCAAAUAGCUAAUGAGAGGUAAAUUAGAAACCCCAGUUCUAGAAAGUGCUUUACAAAAGAGUCACAUUUCCAAACCCUCCUCUUAAUGGAUUGCCAAAUGGUCAGUGAGCUGUAAAAUAUGCAGUUCUCCUUCUUGUUACCACCCCUCCUCAUCUACUCAGACUUCUCCCCUCCCCUUUUCUCCCUCACCACAGAGAACACAUUUACAUUUCUGAAAAAAGUUCAGGCAGCAGUAAUGCUUUUUGCUCCAAGCAUUAGGGCCACUCCAGUUCCCCCUCUGUACUCCCUCCUCGGCCACCAACUCAUGAACUCCCAUGGCAACAUGCAGGGGCAAAGCUGCACCUCCUGCCUUGCCACAGUUAGCCCAAUUCAAGGUGUUGGGAUUCCCUUCUUGUCUGAUACUCUGCUGGGUUGUGGUGUCCUUAACUAGUGUCCUCAUGCCAGCUACAUCCUCUGAGUUGGGGAGGUGGUAAAUGAAGUUAGAUUCCCCUUUGGGUUUUCCUUUAUUCAGGGCAGGCUCUUCCUAGGGAGGAAUUUCUGAGGUCAGGCAGGCCUUGGGAAUAGGGGGCACAGAAGGGAAACAGCAGGCAGAGCAGUAGGCAAGAGGUAGUAAGAGCAGGUUUGAGAAAUUUGAGAGGUCUGGCAAGGAUACAACUCCUGGUCAACGAUGGGAAGUGUGCCUUAGAAUAGAACUGGGGCAUGGGACCUAGUGGCCCAGGGCUUCUGUUGUUCUAAAUCCAUGGCCAAUGAGGGUGGGAGUCAGGACUGUGGGUAGCAGCAUCCCCCAAGCCAAGUGAGCCUGGAGACUUACUUGUCCUCUCCACUGCACACAUAUAUACAAACACACACAUGCAUGAUUCUUAGCAGCUGUGACUGCCUUCCCUGGGUCUUGGCUUUGCUCUUCUGGCUACUCCUUCAUUCAGCCUCUUUCCCCUUGGUAAAAGUGAGUUUGGAGGAUGAGAGUUUGGUGCAGUGGUUUUUUUUUUUUUUUUUUUUUUAUUUUUUGACAGGCAGAGUGGACAGUGAGAGAGAGAGACAGAGAGAAAGGUCUUCCUUUGCCGUUGGUUCACCCUCCAAUGGCCGCCGCGGCCGGCGCGCUGUGGCCGGCGCACCGCGCUGAUCCGAUGGCAGGAGCCAGGAGCCAGGUGCUUUUUCCUGGUCUCCCAUGGGGUGCAGGGCCCAAGCACCUGGGCCAUCCUCCACUGCACUCCCUGGCCACAGCAGAGGGCUGGCCUGGAAGAGGGGCAACCGGGACAGAAUCCGGCGCCCCGACCGGGACUAGAACCCGGUGUGCCGGCGCCGCUAGGCGGAGGAUUAGCCUAGUGAGCCGCGGCGCCGGCCUGGUGCAGUGGUUUUGAAGCAGCUUGUGCCUGCUUGCAUCUCAAGUGAGAGUGCCUGAGUUUUAAUCCCAGGUCUACUCCUGAUUCCAGCUUCCUGCAGUGCAUACCAUUGGAGGCUGCAGGUUAUUGGAUUCCUGCACCCACAUAGUAUUCCUGUACCCACACUGAAUUCCUGGCACCUGACUUUCCCAUUGCUGUCCUCUCUCCCUUAGUCACCACCCUAAAAUCCAGGGCAAUUUCAUUGGGAUGCAAGGUGUUGGUUGGAGUAAAAGUCCCUUUGGUGUUGCUUAGCUCCAGGAAUAGGCUGGCCAUAGUAUCCUCAAUGUAGACCUGUUAAAACCCUUAUUGGUGAGAGCAUUUACUGUGAUGGUAUCAUGUGAAUUCCAUCGAGGCCACUGUCUUGUUUACAAAGCUUAAUGCAUAGAAAGAGGAGAAAUCCUCACGUAACAAGUAAGAACAUUGGAAAUGGCAAUCUGAAAAGUUACUGAAGACAUCCAUGGUGUUCCCCCCCAUGACUUGGCAACUGGAACUGUCACUCUGUGACUCCUUUCGCAGAUGACCCAGCUUGUCUUCUGCUAUUUUGUCUCAAAUACCACAGAGUUUCAGGAUGAACAGAAAAGUACACUUUAGAUUUUCUGUUAUUGCCACUGUAGGGACUAUGUACACAGCACACCAAAAAUAUGAUUGCAAGAGACUAGAAUAUGCUACCCAAAAGUAUACUUCUUUAGUAUACUUUGACUUGAUUAUUCUGAAAAACUGCAGACACAGAAGUAGCUCUGAGAAAAAACAAAAACAAAAACACCUGAAUCUCUAAAGGCAGUCUACAUUAGUAAAAGUAUCAGGAAGAAGGCUGCUCUGGACAACUGUUAUUACCCAAGUCUAAUUAAGUAUUUAGGUACUCAGAAGCAUUAGGUUGUGAGCAAGUUCUCUGUUCUUGGAACUCUAAUUUAAUUGGCAAAACACAAUAAAACCAAUUCUAUAUAUUCACCAAAUAUUAUGUUCUUUUAGUAAUAUAUGAUCUAAAAAGAAUCAUAAAGGCAGCAGGCUAUCCUUUGUAAAUGUGGAAAAGACAAAUGGAAAUAUUACCUACAAAAGAAAUUCUUACAUUCUUCAACUUUUGUUUUAUCUGUAUAAUUAUAAAUAUAAUUUAAAGGACCACUGUAUGGAAGAUUUUUAAAGCUGGAGAAAAUUUAAUACAAGACUCUGUUUCUAUACUGUACUUCCUGGAGGAGAACCAUUUCAGGCCUAUGUUUCAAAAAUGAAAGGUAUAUUAAACUUAAUACAAUGAUUCCUUUGAAGUAGCUUACUGCCCUUCAUUUAAACCACAGUCUUGUGCAUUUUUUUCAAAAGGGAGAGUAAUGUGAACACCAUAACUGCAAAGCUUAGUCUUCUGAGAAUAAUUGUCAUGAAUUGGUAAUUGAUUCCUGGAGGGAUUACCAGUGUCCCACAGGAAGGUAAGCUGUGAAUUCUAGUUUUAGAGAUAUACACAUGUUCUAUUUGAGACCCCCCUCCCCCCAUUAACUCUUCUGGGCCUUUUCCCCCAAUAGUCAAGACUGCUGAGGAAAAGUUAUGUACUUAACGUGUAACUUGUUUUCCUUAAAAUGCUGUUUUGCAGUUAUGGCCAUAAUUUUCAACUAAUUUUAAUUUCCCCAUACCAUACUGCUUUUCAGGAGGUACAUACUCAAGAACACGUUUGCUUACUGAAAGGGUUUUGUGGACAUGGGGAAACCAGCAAAGCAGUAAACCAUCCCAGAGAGUAUGAAAGAGCUACAUGUAGACAGUGAGUAGUGAGUGAUGAGAAAGAAUUGAAGACAUUACCCCUGUGAUAAGGAUCGUGUACACAUGCUAGCAUUUGUCACUUAAAGUCCACUGUUAAGAGAUUAAUUCUGUAAGCCCUGUUGAGAAGAAAACAUCCUGGAGGAAGGAGGAACUCAUUCAGCUAUUCAUUUUGCAUCCCUUCCUAUGUAUCAACCUCAGGGACUUCCAUGCACAUAGGCCUAUAUUAUCAUUUUAGGUAAUAAAAACUAAGGCUCAGAGUAUAAAGUUAUAACCAAGGGCCACAGAUAGUAAGCGGCCAAGACAUGAUUUAAGCUCUAAUCUGUUUAAUUUUUACACCCAACCUGUUUCUGUACAAUGAUAUGAGUCUUAGGAGCAAAGGUAUUAAUUAAUUCAAGCAAAGAUGCUCUGAGUGUGUUCGAAAAGAUGGAAAGUAGAGGACCAAAAACAUUGAUCCAGAUAGUAUCUGUAGCUGAAAAGAGAAGAGUCAAAGACUUGAUGUUUAGUAAACUUUUCUUGACUCUGUGUGAAACUUCAGAAUUGGAAGUGACUUGCCACUUUAUUUUCUCUUUAUUAUUCUCUUUAUCUUCUUUUUCAUUUGCUUAGUGAGAACCUAGGGCCUAAUCUCAGAUCACAAACAUCAUGUAUGGUUUCUAUUCAGAGAGACAAAGAAUCAGAAUGGAGAGAAUUCCAAAAUCCUUUAGUAAUAAGAUCUCUGUAAACAGGGGUCAGUAGCAUUGUAAAACCCAGGACCAGAGAGAGCCUUUCAGAGUGGUCUGAGUGUCACUUAACAAAGGAGAGGUAAUGAUCUGCCAAUAUUGCUUCUUUUCUUAAACUGAGUGUUUUAUUUGAGAGGCAGAGAGACUGGGAGAGACUGAGAGAAAGUAAGAGAGCUUCCAUCUGUGUUUCACUGCCCAAAGGCCCAUAAUAACAAUGAUCAGGCUGAUACUGUGAGUCAGAGACUUGAUACAGGUCUCCCGUAUAAGUGGCAUCAUCAUCAGGAAGCUGGAAUCAGGAGCAGAGCCAGCACUUCCAACCAGGUACUCCAAUAUGGGAUAUGAGCAACAUAGGUAACUGCUGAGUCAAAUCCCCAGCCCUGUUGUUUGCUCUUAAACCUACAGAAUAUUUUAUUUAAAUGGGGUUUUGUGUGUGAUUUAUCUGCUUACACAAAUAUGGUACUUUAAACUUCAUAUUAAAGAUUUGAAAUGUAUGGCAAUAACAUCAUCAUAUUCGAUAUCAUGUAUCAUGUACAUCAUCAUUAUCAACAUUUAAUGUAGAAUGCAUAUUGCAUUUUGUGAUGAAACGCUUUCUAGCCUGACUUUUUAUGGUUUUGAAUAGUUGAUGUAAGAAAUUGUUUUUUUCAUUUACUAGGAAGGACUGUGUGUAUGAAUAUAUACAUAUAUAUGUUUGCAAUACUUUUUGCAUUUUUAAUUACUUUUAAUGAUAAGCAGGUCAAGUUAGUUUUAGGAAGGAUUGAGUUGGUUUUUUUUUUAAGAUUUAUUUAUUUGAAAGACACCAUUUUAGAGAGAGGGAGAUACAGAGGAGGAGGGGAAAAAGAGAGAGAGAGAGAGAGAGAAACACUUCCAUCUGCUGGUUCAUUCCCCAAAUGACCACAAUAGCCAGGGCUGGGCCAGGCUGAAGUCAGGAUCCAGGAGCUUCUUCCGGGUCUCCAAUAUGGGUGCAGGGGCCUGAACACUUGUACCAUCUUCUAUUGCUUUUCCAGGUGUGUUAGCAGGGAGCUGGAUCAGAAGUGGAGCAGCCGAGACUUGAACCGGUAUCCAUAUGGGAUGCCAGUGUCGCAGGCAGCAGCUUUAUCCACUAACACUGGCCCCUUGUGGUUCCUUUUCAGUCACUUUUGCUCUGGAGACUGUCACUGGGUGCUCCCAGGGUCCUUUGUUCUCAUCGGUAUGCAAAGACCAAAACACCAGCUCUGUAAUUCUGGAGGCUCUUAAACAAAGUCAGUUUCUACUGAAUCACCCAGCCAUGUUAUGUAGUAGGUGAAUUGUUAUAAUAAAGUGCUUCAUUUUGGCACAUUUUCUUUUAAUGUUUACUGAAAUCCAAAACUGUUGUGAAUAUAUUACUUAUGAAUCAUUUUAAAAGAGAGGGACCUAAGGAGGAGUAUAAGGCAGGUGACCUUGAAGUUGGGCAGUCAUAUUAACUCAUACAAUAGUGUAGAGAGUAAGACUGAGUCCAUUUUGAGAAACAUAGAACUCUAAAGUAAGUGAGGCAACUGGGUCUUCAAAGCAACAUGUAUACCAAAAAGUAGCCAGGAUUACGUCAGCUACAGUCAAUCAGAAGGCAAACUAAUUUAUAAGGAAUAACCAAUCCAAGAACAAAGAACCAAGGAUGUAACCAAUCAAACCUAAGGUGUGAUUAGAACCAUCCAAACCAAAAUACCAGAAAGGGAGGAGUUUCUGCCUCCCAUGCAUGGUCUGUGAGUGGUCUUGUCAAUCAGUGUCAUCUUUAGUGGUUGCUACAGAAUCCACUGCUAAACCUUCACUGUCAGACAACGUCACAGAUGAGUCUACUACAACUUCCUUGCAAGACACUGACCAGAAGAUUCCCUUGCAAGGUGAGGACCUGUGUCUGGACUACACCUGGGACUUGUUCAUUAACCCCAAGUCUCUUGCUCUGUCUUUCCCUAUUUCUCUUCAAUUUAUGGUAUGAUUGUAAUUUUAAUCGCUGUAUUAAUGAUAAGUUAUAGUAGUAUAUUGAUGAGAACAUUUUCCCAUUUGCUAUGACUGCACGUGCCUUACCAAUUUGACCUAAUGGCAAGCAAGUGAAGUGGGGAGUACCUGAGGUCAUUGUGUGCUCAGUGAAGCCCAUGUAGCUUGUAACUGAGUUAAUAUGUGACCCAUUAAUAAAGCUUGACAUUGUGGAAGAACGUAA